AUGGAGCAUCCUCGAGAUAUUACGGUCGUGCAACCCAGCUACGGCGCCACCACCAACGGCACGGGUUCCUCGGGAAACAACGGCACGGACGCGCAGGCCGCGGCUGUGGAGGCGGCGCGGCGGGACGGGAUUCCCGCUGAGCUGAUUCAGCCGCUCUGCUGCAAGCUGUGCGACGCCAAGCUCAACGGAAGGCUGCAGGCCACAGCUCACUACGUGGGCAAGAGCCACGCCAAGAAAGUGAAGCAGUACCUCCAGAACAAGGGACGCGCGGGUGCCCUGACGCCCCAGCGGGUUCCUCCCACGGGACCGACCCAGCCAGCCGGGGAGACAGUCAAGGCUGAGGCUGAUGGCAAGCGGUCGGCGACUGACACCCUGGAGAAGUUCUGCAAGCUGUGUGACGUGGCCUUCACCUCGGAGAUCCAGGCCAAGCAGCACUACGAAGGGCGCAACCACCAGAGGCGUCUCAGAGGGCAGCCCCCCCUGCCCAAGGGCUUCUACAACCCCGCCACCGGCCGCUGGCAGAGGCAGCCACCGCCAGGCAUGGCGAUCAAGGCCAGCCAGGUCCGCAAGGGCGCCUCGGCGGGGGGCCCUUCGGGUCCCCGCGUGUUUAUGUGCGAGCCCUGCAACGCGAGCGUCACCUCGGAGCAACAGCUCAACGCCCACCUGCAGGGGGCCAAGCACAAGGCGCGCGUCAGCGGACUCGCCACGGCCGUCACAGCCAGAGUGGUGACCGCAAACGCCGCCGCAGCCGCCGCGGCUGCCGCAGCGGCUGCGUCGGGCAUUUCGCCAUCGCCGCAGCAGCAGCAAGCCGAGCCAUUCAUCGCAUUCGUGGCCGGCUCCAACCCUGUGUGCAUCUCUGCUUGCGGUGAGAACCAUUUGAAGAAGACCAAAGCAUCAUGAUCCGUGGCAAGCCUAGGGGCCCUCCUCGGUCUCCAUUCAUUUUCGUCUCCCCGGAAGGAGGCUUAACACCCAAAGUCAUUUUCCUGUUCCUUUGACAGUCUUGCUUUUUUUUUCUGUGUUCUGAACUCCAGACGAGUUGACAUCCAUGUCCAUUCCUAUAACGCUGGGCAUCCCGGUCAUUUAACGAGCGCUAGUCGUCAUGUGGUCUAGCAGCCCGAAAAUCGGUACCAAGGAGUCGAAAGAAUCUGAAAGGGUUUUUUUCUUCUCACUACUAUCCACCCAAAGAUUUUUUAAUGGCGAAGGGACUUUUUUCAUCUAGAACAUAGAAGUUUAUGCUUGUGUGCAGUGUUGUUUCUGUGUGAAAUUGAGGUAACAAGUGAAAAGCAAGUUCUUGUUUCAUAUCAUUUCUUGCAGGCAAAGGUUGUUAACUACUCUGAAUUAAAAACAUACAAACUCCUUCUUUGUGCAUGUUUUUUGACAUUGUGUCUAAAUCUCGGCUGGGAACCUCUUUUGUGGGGAACCUUUGCAAGAAUGAAGGAUGUGGUCAUGGUAUUCUUAUGGUAUUUUACACUUUUGGUGGAACUUGUAGAUCUGGCUUAGGAAGUGCUGAAAAUUUGCUAUGUUUGGGCCAAAUCAUUCAAGACCUCAUUCGGUUAUAUGUGAAGCUAUAUUUUCUUUUGCAAUUUAAGUGUGAGGCUUUGGCACAAGCUUUGGCUAGAGAGUAAUCCGAUGCCAAUUUAAGGCCUGCAUUUAUGUGCUUGUACGUUGCAUUCAACUUGUGAAAUCAGCCUUAGUUGAGAUUACAUAGUUUUUCUUCUUUUCUAUGUAUGUACUACAUUCUUUUAUGCUGAUGGUUCAAUCUUUCUCUUUUUUUGUGUGUGUGAAGCUGACUGUGGAUGCUAACAAUCUCAAGUGGUCCAUGAGUAGCAUUAGAAAAACAAGCUGAUUUCCAUACAUAACUAGUAAAAUGCUUCAACUAUUGCUGUUUGCAACAUUUUCUCGGCAGUUCUUGUUAAGGUCUGACUUACAGAGUCCUCUUCUGCCAGCAAGGAAACUGGUUCCCAGUUUCCUUCUCACCAUUCAUUCUCACUCCGGUUCAGCGGCCUUUAAUAGGCGAAACUAAAAUUUCUGGCAGCCAUAUUGUGCUAUAAGAAGCACAGUUUGAAGGAAUUAAUGCAGGUACCUGAGCUAUACAUAGUUUCAAUUCCUGUGCUGUUUGAAUACAUAACGAAGCAGUGUCUGCCCACCACACUUUUCUGGCAUAACUUCCUACAUGAAAUAUAUAAUCACCUAGAGAUACGCAAGAAUAAGAAAGAGUGGACAAUACAGGACACUCUGUACCGUCCACUUUCUCCCUUCCUUGCAUAUUUUUGCCACUUAGGUAAAAGUGAACCAACUAACUCAAAUUGCUGUUUUAAAAAUGUAAUGUUUUUGAAAUUUUUAUUUUUUAUAUUGACUUCUUCUCAACCUGCUAGGAUGUGAGGGAUGCUUACCAAAAUACUUUUGUGACUGACAUGAUGGAUGGGCCAAUAAGUUGACUGGUUUUGUAAAUAAAACAAUGGGGCAAUCUCCCAGCUGUAAAAUUUGGGAUACUUGAUGCUCUGUCAGCUAGGGACUGCCCUUUGGGGAGCAUUUUUAUUAUCGGCAGGGGAGUUAAUUUCUUGGUGCAUGCAACAUUGUAUUGGCAUUGUCUAAGUGGUAUUUAGUUUUGUUAUACCUUAGAUUACCCACCAUGCAAUAUUGAGCAUGCGCCACCCAGGAAUAAAAGCAUAGGUAAUCAAUCGAAGGGUGCUUUCCAAUUCGAGAACUUAUGUAUGAAGAUGCCUAGUUAAAGGUGAAGUUUAACUGCUCUUGGUUCCUUCCUCAGAUAAUAACAAAACACACACCUUACUUUGUGCUCUGCUAUGUAAAAUGGAAUUCUGACAAGGCAAUCAAGCUUUCGAUACACUGUACAGACAUUGGGGAUAAUGCUUGAUGUCCUGCUUGUUUGCAAAAGUGCAUUCGUCAUUAGAAUUACACCAGCAUGUCGUGUACUAAGAGACUAUCCCAGAGGUCAUUGACCUGUUUAACGGUAUCUGUAAUGACCUUGUUUCAUUUUUUUCUAUUGCAAUUAACUGCUACUCUUCUGACGUACGCAUGUAACCAAAGUGAGUUCGGUAUUUCUCCUCUUUUGACGUACGCAUGUAACCAAAGUGACCAGUGUUUUCUGCGGUGUUAUUGUGGUUGAAUAUUUCUGUGAUAAGGCAUGGGGUGCAACUUCUCUAUUGGCUAAAGCCUUUCUUUGUCAUGUGAUACUUGUGCUGUUAUAUCCAUAUUGUUUUCCUCCUGCUGUACCACUCUUGCUAGUUGGGCAAAGGUUGCAAUUUAUUUUAAAUUUUGUUGUGCAAUUGUUUUAGGCGUCUGUAGCUCGAUGUGUCAUAGUACUCUUCGUGUUACUUGGCUAUUCUACAGUCCUUCCAAGAGUUGAGUCAUCAUUGCUGUUUUUCAGUGUAAACGCAAAGUCAUGUCUCUGGUAAGGCUGCACAAGGGGUAGCAGCUUCAUUCUUGCUAUUUAAUAAAAAGUGUUGGAGCCCAAUGACUACAAAAAUUGUCAGUUGCAGCCACAAUGAUUGCAGUUCUUGAUGAUUGUGAAACUUUUCGCACCUAAAAAGAAGUUUCAGAAAGUUGCUAUGGAAGUGUGUAACACAAAUCAAAUUUCCUUCACAAAUUCUUUUUUGCAUUGUUUAGUGAUCAGUCUUUCUAUCAUAUCUAUCAAUCAUGUAAUAUCAGGGUGACACUUCCACUGGGCAGGUGUAAUCAGUUACCAUUACAUAUGUUUCAUUUGUCUGGACAAUCAGCUCCGUGUCUUUUAUUAGAAUAACAAACCUAAAUCCUAAUGAGUUCUAGGGAAGAUACUGAGCAGAUCGAGAGCAGGGGCAAUCACUGUUGUACAUAUCACUUCUAAUCAAAUUUUCUGUAUGCGCUGAACUCUAAACGUUGCUCAUCAAAAACGUUACUGCUGCAUUGCAUUUGCUUUCAUUUUCAUAGUUAUUAUUUGAUGUUCCUAGCAUGUGACGUGGACAAUCUUAGUCAGUAUCGGCUUCGUGAUUCUUGCACUUUCACUGGAGAUUCAGAGUGAUGCUUUUGCUCUUAGGGCUUUGAAGUGUUUAUAAAGGAAUUCCAAAAGGAAGACAUCAGAGGCUGGAGCAAGCCCUACAAAAGACCAAGACUUUGUCACUUUUUAAGAGACUAAAGCAUCAGAUCUCAUUGUAAUGUUGUACGGGUAGUUGCACCUGUAUAACAAAUGUUGAUGCACACAGGGUUUCAGGACAAUAUAACUUUUUCAGCCUGUGCACAGAGCAAGUAGUUGUGAGGGGCAGUGUUGCAAUGCCUGCGUUGUCGAAACAGGCUUGCCUGCAGUUCUCCUUGCACUUCGUUUUUCACAAGUGAUGUGAACAAUGUUCCAAAGCCAAGUUAUUUAAUAUUUGUGAUGGGGAGGAAAAACAUGUCUGGUCAUUUAGGCAUUGGAUCUUACGUUCUAAUACUUUGUGUGGUUUGAAGUCCAUUCUUUUAUGUUUUGUGCAGUUUUUGCAGGAGGAGUGGUGUCUUGUCACCGUUUUGGCGGUGGGCUACGAAGAGGUAGCGUAGGAAAUUAGGGAUUGAUUCUGUAUGGAUAGGCUAGAGUUAAGAUUUGCUUGUUUUGUGCAAGAAGUACUUUUUACACUUUUCAUAGUCUGGCAAGUGCUUGUCUGUUAUGCCGGAAAUUCAGAAGCGCUCGUAUAUAGCAUAUUGUUAACAGUGAUUAAGUGCAACUGAACUUUUACUUCGGGCUUUUUCGUGAUAUGUCACGAGUCUUAACUUGAGAAGACGAGUCAGCCAUUUUUUUGGGACAGUGCAUUUCAGAGGCCAGUGCCAUGGCACUGACUACGUUGCCAGGUUGCCUAUGCUAGUUUGUUUCUGGAAACUACACUCUGCCUCACUAGUUGUGUGCAGCAUUACCAAAGGUACAGGAGCAAGAGCGCAAGCCAAGCAGUUGGAGAGGAGCGGAAGGAGGAACAUCCUUCUUACUCUGAUCCUCUCUUGUGUAUCCCAGAUGUUGCUUUUGUCCCCCUCAGAGAUUAGCCUGUCACUCAAUAUUCUUACAAAAGCGGCUUUCCACUUCCUCCCACCCGUGGCUUCCGCAGCACUGUGUGCAACUAGUGAGGUGGAGUGUAGUGGGGGAACUGGAGUUAGGGUAGGUCAACUUGAACUAAACAGGACCAGGUCAUUAGACUGUUUCAAAUGGUAGGAAACGUUAGGGAGCACUAGAGCAAGCGGCAGCGCAGGCAUCAGAUGUUCCGACUCAAGAAAGUAUUUUUUAAGCACCAUUUCAGACAAAGGCGUUUGUCUGCUAGCAGUUUUUCACUUUGCUGUCGGGGCAGAGUAUUCAAAGUAUAGGUAUUGUUGUCGCUUCUAUCUCUGCAGGUAGUAAAUCUAGUAUAGAAAAAAAAAUCUGCUUUAAAUUCAUUGUUAACUGAGCUUAGUUUCUUGGUACGUAGCAACCUUCUGUGUAACCCCAUUCACAAUGUUCAUGAAGUCUUGGCAUGUGUGAAACUUUCCAGGUUUCUCUGUAACAUGAUCCUACAGUAUCCUUGUCUCUCUCACUUGAAAGAAAUGUUGGAUAUACAUACUCUGCUUACUGGUGUAUGUUUGCAGAAAUUAGUUUAAGUCUCAUCAUUGUGCAUAUUAAAAAGCAUUGUAGAGCUUUACGCUCUAAAAUGCCGGCCUCACUGUGAUUGGCUGCAUUGUGUUGACAUUGAGCUUAUGUAUUUUAUAUGUAUGAGUUUUCGUAGCACAUUGAGACUUGCUGGCAUUGACCAUUGUGCAUUCUUCUGUUUGCAUCUUCCGUGGAAUUUUGUUUUGGAAAAUAAAGCUGGACUCUUGACA